AUGCCACGACCAAAUCGAUCACCAUUAUUUUUUUAUGCUCGUGAAUAUCAACGUCGUCAUGGUCAACGAAUGAAUAUAAAUGAAGCAAUAGCUGCAUGUUAUGAUGAUUGGAAAGCUUUAUCCGAAGAAGAAAAACAACCAUAUAAAAUUCAAUAUGAAGAAUGGCGUAUACAAUAUCGAAUAAAUCCUGAAUCACCACAUAUAAUAAAUCAACAUGUCAAAAAUAAAAAACAAAUUCUCCAUGAACGUGAUAUACCAUGUGAAGAAUUAAAAAUUCAUUAUGAUCGUUUUAGUAUAGAAAGAAAUUUUUUAACAUGUAAAUAUUUACCACUUGAUAUAAGUGAAUUAUUAUCAAUGCCAAUAUAUAUAAUUAAUUUUCAAAUAUUUUGUAAAGUUGAUGAAGAAGAUGGAGGACAAUUUAUUCCAGCUGAAAUGUGUAUUCUACGUUAUACAUUAAAUGAAGGUGUAAUAAUUUAUAAACAAAGAUUUUUAAAACCGGAUAAAAUUCCAUCAGGUUAUAUGUCAUCAUGUUUAGAACAUUUAAAAGAAACACAUCAAAUUCCAUUAAAAGAUUUUACUGAAGCAACAGAUAAUUAUCAACAAAUUUAUUAUGAAUUAAAAUCAUUUCUUCUAUCAACAACAACAAACAAUAAAACAAAUCAUAUUUCGAAUAAUGAUGAUGAUGAUGAUGAUCGAACACGACGACGAUAUCUUCGAUUAACUCAACCAUGUGUCUUUUUUCCUGCUUUAGAAUAUGAACAAACUUCUACUUUACUCGAUUGGUUACAAGAAAAAGCUGAAGGAAUAAAACCAACAAAAGAUACACGUGUUGCUAAUUUAGCAAGUAUUGAAUCAUUAAUUAUUAUUUUAGCUAAAUUAAAAAACUAUUGUGUAUCACGUGAUGAUAUACAAAAAACAUUUGCAAAUGCAGCGUAUUCAUUUAUGAUUGAAGAACGUUGUCCAUAUCAUUAUCAAAUAGGUACAAAUCAUUGUUCUGUAGCACGAUGUCAUGCAGCAGCAAAACUUAUAUCUGCUUAUUUAAAUCAAUUAUAUGUACCGGAAAGACUAACAUCAACAACAGGAAGACAUUCUCAAAAUUCGUUUGUAAACAAAACAAAUCAAUCAUCAAUCAAUUCAAUGAAUACUAUGCCAAAUCGAGUAGAACAAUCGGUAGCACCUAGAAAUUAA